UAGUAUUCAAUUUAAAUUAACAAGUAAUUUUAGUUAAUUAAUAGUAUAUUUUCUCACAUGUUAUUAACAAAAAUCUGAGAAAAUUAACCUUUUAAUACCUCUUUACUUUUUCUUUUGCAAAAAAAAAAAAAAAAAAAAAAUCUACUUAAUACAAUGCCGUGCAUGUCAUUGUAAAAAAGGGUAAACAUCAACCUGUAAGUUAGAAAAAAUCACUUUCAACUUUAUUGCAACGAUUAAUGAAAGAAAAAUCAAUGACAAGCCUAACAUAUUCAAAAUUAAAUUAAAUUAAAUUUGGUGAAAUAUGAAUGCAGAAUUUUUUCCUAUGUUAAAUCCCCAAAACUUCUACCUGUACAGAGUUUGGCAACCAAGCUCUCUUUCCGUGUUUUUAUUUUCAGUCAUGAUCUUUCUGUUUUUCAAUUGCUAUAAUGGCACCAUACUAAAUUAACACAUGUCACGCAGCUUUUCUUAGUUUUCAUUUUCCUAUGCAUUGACUUUGUUAAUUUCUUUUCUUUGAAUGUGAGAAAACUCUUUCUGUUUUCUCCAUUUCACGUCAACAUUAUUGACUCAGUUCCAUCACAUGAAGACCUUUGAAUGGAGUCCCCCUAAGAUUAAUAAAGAAAGAUGGCGUUACAUACUCAAAAAGUAACCUACUUUUCCAAAAGUAGUAACCUUUCAUUUUCAUAAGUUUUCUUAAUCCCAAUGUGAAGAUGUAACCGAUUUUCUAAGGCAAAUUUAAUUAAAAAGUUGUCAGAUUUCUCUAAAAGGGGUUGUUGUAGCUAGCUCUACCAAUAACACUGAAUUCCUGUAAACCCCUUAUUCCAUUUUCUUUCAUACAUUCUCAAAUAUGCAAUUUUUUCUGGUUCCCAGCAAGACACAAUAUUCCUCCAAUAUUAGUAUAAAAAAUCUCAUUAUAGUACUAUCUUGUUUUGGUUGCAUGAUUUAUCUUGUUUGUUCCAUUUAUCUUGCUCCUAAUAACACAAGCCAUUUCCAUACCUCAGUUUCAUUACAGGAUGAUAAUUUAUCAUCCCAAACCAAUCUUGAUCAUAUUGUUUUUGGGAUUGCAUCAAAUGAGCUAUCUUGGUCCAAAAGAAAAGAAUAUGUUAAGCUCUGGUGGCAGCCUAAUAUGAUGAGGGGUUGUGUGUUUCUUGAAAAGAUGCCACCUUCUUCAUCCAAUGGCACAAAGGAUGAGUCUUUGCCUCCAAUUUGCAUAUCUGGGGAUACUUCUAAUUUCAGAUAUACUUAUAAAGGUGGGACUCCUUCAGCUAUUCGCGUGGCACGUGUCGUCUCGGAGACUGUGGCACUAAAUCAUUCUAAUGUCAGGUGGUUUGUGUUUGGUGAUGAUGACACAAUUUUCUUCCCUGAAAAUUUGGUGAAGACACUUUCUAAAUAUGAUCAUGGCCUUUGGUACUACAUUGGGACAAAUUCAGAAAGCUUUACGCAGAACAAGUUUUUCUCCUAUGAAAUGGCUUUUGGUGGAGCUGGUUUUGCUAUAAGUUAUCCUUUGGCUAAUGUUUUGGCUAGAGUCUUUGAUUCAUGCAUAGAAAGAUACCCUCAUUUAUAUGGAAGUGAUGGUAGAGUUCAUGCAUGUUUAGCAGAGCUUGGUGUUGGCUUAACACGCGAGCCCGGGUUUCAUCAGAUGGAUUUUCAUGGAAAUGUGUUUGGACUAUUGGCUGCACAUCCUAAUAGACCUUUGGUAUCUAUGCAUCAUAUGGAGGCAAUUGAUCCUAUAUUCCCAACUAUGACAACAGUGAAGGCUCUGGAACACUUGUACAAUGCUGCAAACUUCGAUCCGCAUCGCAUUUUGCAGCAAACAGUAUGCUACGAUCGUUGGUUUUCUUGGACAGUGUCAGUGUCUUGGGGAUAUGCUGUUCAAGUGUUCGACAAGCACGUGCCUUUACCAAAUGUUGAGCGUGUUGAAGAGAGCUACGCUCCCUGGAAAAGGAGUCAUACGGGUGGUUUAUACGACUUUGAUUCGAGGAAAUAUGAAUCUGAUCCAUGCCGAAGGCAGCUUGUUUAUUUCCUGGACAGAAUUUCUUCUGAAACCAAUAGAACUAAGGCUAUUUACAAGAGAAAGACAUCUGAGGAAUGCAAAUUCAACAUGUCUUCGCCUAGAAGACUAGAAGAAAUCAGAGUGUUAUCAAGCAAGUUAGUCCUUGAAAAGCAACAGUUGCUAGCUCCAAGAAGGCAUUGCUGUGAUGUGUUAACUUCUACAUGGGGCAAUGUCAUGGAAAUAGGGAUAAGAGAAUGCAAGGAAGAUGAACUAAUUUACUUGCUGCAUUAGUACAAUAUAUUAUUAGAGACAUUCCACAAGCAUAGCUACCACCAUUUGAUGGCCUUGCUUGAUCCGAUCGCGCAAUCUCCAUUUUGAUGAUUCAUUGCUCCUGGAAGAAAAAAGAAUUUGUGGAUAAGGAAGUCUAACACCAAGCCUAGGAAAAUGCCAACAGUAUUUUCAUGGCAGAGUCAUUUGUUUCGUGAGAACUAAGUUCAAUGAGCAAAGAGGAUUCAGAGCCAGGCAUAAUGGGGGAAGCUUUUUGGUUUGAAAAAUCAUUUUUGUACGUUUGUACUUGGAUUAGAUGUAUACCUCAGGAAACUAGACACAUUAACAAAUUAGCAACAUACAGAAAAAACUUUGAGACUUGUGAGUUAGCCCCAAAACAAAAAAAAAGUCACAAUUUUGUCUGAAACUUGUUCAGGAUUUUCUUUUUUGAUGUCUUAAGGAAUUUUGACCUUUUCUCUUGCAUGCCAUUACGCCCAUUUUGCCGUAAAUGAAGCAACAAUCUGAGACUUAUUAUGGACUUUUUUGAGCUAUGACCUUUUGCUAUUUUUUUUUUGGGUACAUCGGUAAAAACUAAACAAAGUGCUUAAAAAAUUUCAUAAGCUAUAUUGCUUAGACCUGCGAGGAGUAGAAACUCCAUUGCCUUGAUCGCAUCUUCACCUCAUGUCAAUAUGAUUAAAAAAAACAUUUUAAUAUAUUGGUCAAAGUUUAUAUAGUAUGAAUCUCGAAAGUGAAAAGUAUCACAUAAAUUGAGACAGAGGGAGUAACAUUUAGGUCUGAAAACAAUAUUUAACCGGUUCACUUUUUUAAUGAAUGAGAUUUCCCCUCUCGACCUGGAAGGUUAGGGAAACUGCUAUAUGUCCCUCUACCUAGUCCGGAUGAGCAUGGACUAAUUUUAAAAGCUCUUGCCAGUAAGAAACCUAUAGAUACUAGUGUCGACUUGAUGAGAAUUGGAAGAGAUGAUGCUUGUAAAAGUUUAAGUGGAGCUGACCUAUCAGCACUGAUGAAUGAAGCUGCAAUUGCUGCACUUGUAGAUAAAUUGAUAGCAGCAGAUACAAGUCCUCGUGACACAUCGUGGACUAUGAAGGAGUCGCAUUUCAAACAGGCUAUGGAGAAAAUUACUCCAUCUGUAUCCGACAACGACAAGCAAAUAGAAUACUACCAGCAGUUAAUCAAAACCUUCAGAGCAUCGUGAAGCUAAAGCACGACAGCCUUGCUAGUUGUUGCUGAGUUACAAAUAUAUAUAGGAUAUCUCCAUUUAGUCUUUGACAAGGUGCA